AUGAAUCGUCUGGAUCUAGUACGAGCUAUAAUUUCUGCAGAUCGAAACAUCUGCAUUGAUGACAUUGAUCAAGAGCUCUCACCGGAAAUGUUCAAACUCCUCUUUGAAAACGUUUCGAUUUGCAGACAUACGGAUUUCUCCGCGGCUGAGUUGUUGGUCCGAGAAGCACGACAUCACCACUGGUUAAAUGUAGACCUGAUCAUGCCGACACUGGACGAGGACGAUGCGAUCAAAAUUUUCACCGAUUAUCUGGACGAGUUUUUCUUUCGAUCAUCCGCGGCCGGCGUUGUACGGUCGUUUUUACGUACGCGACCAAUGACCAGGUAUGCACACACAUUAUGUACGGAAAACUUUGCGUCUACGACAAACGAUAUACGCUCGGUCAUUAUCAAUUAUCUCGAUAUGAGAGACGAUGACGUCACCGAAUUAAUACAUAGUAGUUUGAAUACUGUGAAUAUACACAUGAUACAAAGUCUCAUAUCACACCCCGACUUUGAUCUUGUGCAUGAUCGCAAAGCACUUGCGGAACGAGCUUACAAGGAAGGGAAUGCUCCGCUGGCUAUGAUUAUUGCCGGUAAAAAACGGGGGUUCGAUGUGGAUGAUUAUAUCAAUGAAAAUGAUAUUCAAAACAUGACAGUUAUAGCCGUUGCCACCAACAAUGUGCCGCUAUUCAACGCGUCCCUAUCGGCUACCGACGAUUUUGGAGAAAUAGAAUCAUCCCUAUUCAAGCACGGCACGGCCGAAAUGUUGGAAGCUUUUCUAGCCCACCCACUCACCACCGAAUACGAACUAACCCUGGACGGCUUUUUUGAUCAAGCAGACCUGGUUCCAGUUCUCAUGCGCAACGUACCAGACUUACUAUCCGUCGUAAGCCAUGUCCUGGUUAGCAACAACGCGCGUGUUCUGCAACUGGUGGCGCCACAUUUAGGUCUGUGUGACUUUGACGACCUCCUAGACGCCUAUUUAAACGGGACGCUUGAAGCGGCUCAAAUUAUACUUCCACAUCUGGCCGUGGACGACGACAGUCUACAAGAAGCCGUGUUCGACGCUUGCCGUUUCAAUCAGACGUCGCGCGUGGCUCUGUUUUUAGAACAUUCACCAGAGUUCGACUACGGAUACAACGACAACGCGCUGCUGGAACUUGCGAUUGAUUUGAACAAUUUCCCACUAGCCAUGUUGCUGAUGCAAAAUGAAAGAAAUAACAAAAGGUCCUAUCGUCUUAGAAGAGAGUUCGGUAACGUUGGCGUUUCGAUUUAUAAUGUUAACGUAAUCGCCAACUUUGAACUGAACAAUGUUCUUAGUGUUAUUCCAUCGGUCAUACGCUUUAAGUAG